AGAAGAUAAACGGAUCGGAAGAAUGCAAAGAUCUCAGCCGAGAAAGAAUCUUGUCCUUGUCGUUUCGAAUAUACCGAUCAGUCGGUAAAAUAAUGAUAGACAACGACAUUAUCGGUUUAAGAAAGUAGUCGAUCAAGAGCGAAAGUCUAACGAAACCUACAGAAGAAUAACAGAGGCGCGAAGGAAACGCGAGAGAAGAGGAAAAAGAAAAGAAACUAAAGAGACUGUGCUCUAAUAGAUGCAGAAAGGGAAGAACGAAGCGGCGAGUAAUAUUGGAAAAGGGACAAGCAACGAAUAUUUGCAUCUUUACGGUGACAUUUUCGAGAAUCUGCACCGAAAGAACAGACACAUUGGACCCGUAGCUGAUCCGCAACGAUGUCGAUCAUGAACAAUUGAUCGCACGGAAAACGAAAGAGACAGACAGGCAGGCAGGCAGGCAGGCAGGCAGGCAGGCAGGCAGCAGGCAGGCGUCGAGCGAAACACUGUCAUCAUGUAUCAAUUACUACAUCUUCGCAAUCGUCCUUUACAAAUGCUUAUUCUUGGACUGAUCGGAUUGACAUUUUACGCGUAUUAUCGCACUACUUAUUACGAUGUCCCACAGUACGCGAUGUCUCGGAAUAUCAGUCGUGACGCGUAUCAAGAGGCAUUCAAGCAACAUGUAAACGCAACCAUCGACCAGCAUGUUGCCACGGCGCCUAAAAAUGCUUCCUCCGAGCCGUUUGUAUUUGCUCCGUAUAAUCUGCAAAUUAUCGCCAAUCUGUCGAGUUCCGCGGCAACGACUUCGUCUACGUCGUCGACUUCUCUGAUUCAAUCUUCGGUAAACGUUUCCAACGAAACCAAAGAGGCAGCUGCCGCUGCUGCUGCUGCUGCUGCUGCUGCUGCUGCUGCUGCUGCUGCUGCUUCUCCUAACGAGUAUCUGGCACGUACCAUUUACGAGGCUGGCCACACGGUACCUAUACCGGAAAGGUGUCCAAAUUUUGGCAAGGAAAUGGACCUGGUCAUAAUAAUAAUGUCUGCGCCUACCCACUUAGAGGCACGAACGGCUAUACGACAAACAUGGGGUCAUUUCGGUCAGAGAAGCGACAUUAGCAUCUUAUUCAUGUUGGGUGCGACGCUAGAUUCCAGAAUAGAAGUGAUUUUAAAGAAAGAACAGAAAACUUACAACGACGUGAUACGUGGGAAGUUUUUAGAUUCCUAUUCAAAUUUGACGCUUAAAACGAUUUCUACUUUGGAAUGGGUAGACAGUUAUUGUUCCAAAGUGAAGUUUUUAUUGAAGACGGACGACGACAUGUUCAUUAACGUCCCGCGUUUGCAAUCGUUCGCGAUGAAACAUGCGAAAGAUAGGAACGUAAUAUUUGGUAGAUUGGCGAAAAAGUGGAAACCGAUCAGAAACAAGAAAAGCAAGUACUACGUAUCUAGAACACAAUUCAAGAACGCCGUUUUUCCAGAUUUUACUACUGGACCAGCUUAUCUGUUGUCUACCGAUAUAGUACGCAAGUUGUACGAAGCCGCGUUGGAUCAGACGUAUUUGAAGCUCGAAGAUGUUUUCGUGACUGGAAUCGUUGCCGAUAAACUGAAAAUUAAAAGGACACAUGCCAACGAAUUCUUAAACAAAAAGAUAUCGUACAGUGCUUACAAUGUUCAACGGAGCAUCAGUAUCCACAUGGUUAAAUAUAGCGAACAGUUUGAUCUUUGGAAAAAAUUACUCGACGGAAAGAGCAAAUGUAAGUGAUGUGUAUGGUAGUCGCGUGAAUCUCUCUAUUUUCUCGAUGUAUUCGAUAUCAACUGCUUGCGUCGCGUCGACGCUUUUUCCUACUCGUUUAUCGAUUUGUAUUCGGUGGUCUCGGUCGAACACACACGUUUUUCUCGUUUCAACGGUAAGCUAAUCAACAUUUCUGUAACGCAUUCGAACAACGCCGAAAUCGUAAAUCCUCGCUAUUCGUUGCUCGUCAAGUGUCAAGUAUUUGUCUAUCGAGUUCAAUUGGAAAUCUUCUCUUACACAAUUUUGCUGUUGUUGCGAUCGUUGCGGUCGUUGCGGUCGUUGCGAUCGUUGCGAUCAUCACGGAAGAUAUGUAAGCAUUUACCGUAAACCACGUACCGAUCAAAACUCAUUUAGAAUUGCAUCUUUCGUUGAAACACCUAAUAAUUGUUUCUACAUUGCGAACUGAACGUUGGACGUGUAACUUUGGCAAUUACAUGGUCGCAAUGAGAAAAUCCAUUCUUCUACUGUACAGUGCCAUAUACAUGAGUGGAAAGGUACCGAUAAACUUUUGAAAUCUUUUCAAAUGAUCGCAUCGCAUUGCAUUAUUCGAGUUUGUCGUCUUUAAAACGCGCAAUCGAAGGGAAUUGGUUAAAGAGGGGGCAGGACGAAGACGACGAACAUCAAGAUGGGGUCUAUCCAAGGUACGUGUUUUUCAUUUGUACUCGAAUCCGUUGUGUGCAAACUUAUCGAUACUUUCGUCUUUCUCUCGUUCUUAUCAUUUGUUCAUCUUCCUUCAUCCUUCAUCCUUGAUCUCUCGUCGAACGAACACGAUGUUGCGGAACCGCAAAUACGUUAUUGUAUUCGGACGAGCUGCAUAUCCUCCCCUCGAAUCGAAUCGACCAACGACCGCAACUUUCAGCAAAAUAUUCCAUUUCCGACAAACAACUGGAUAAUCGGUUACAGUUUGUCGUCUGUAAUUGUUCGAUGUGUCGAAUACCAAGUAAUUUGCUUAACAGUCGUUUGGUCAAUGAUUUUCUUCUCUUCGAAAAUCUUCUUUCAUCGUAUUCUCGAAGAAAUUUCUUAUUCUUUUACAUCGAGUACUUAUGCGGUACACACACACACACACACACACACAGAGAGAGAGAGAGAGAGAGAGAGAGAGACACACAUUAGCUUCUUCCGGAAACUAACGAACAAUAUAUCGAUUCACCGAUAAAUACUCGAACGCUCUCUAAUUGAAGUCAUUACCGGACUUGCGGUGGUACGUUGAUGGAAAGUUGGCGCUGUGCCGCGAUGGCAUAGGGGCAAGAGGGGACUUUACUUUCGCUGUAUGUUUUGUUUAUGGUACUGUUGAAUUAAUCGAAUUAUGCGAUUGUAUCGGCGAAUAAUAUACCAGUAACGAAAAUGCGCGUGAGAAAACGACGUAUCACCUUCCACUCUGACCAAUGAGACUCACAUUCGUUUUAGGUAGAUAAGGAACUUCUUUCCAUCGACACGCCACGCGUGUAUCGAGUGUCUCGAUUGAAAUGCAAUUUUUUCAAGGUGUGAUAUACAUACAUAUAUAUAUUUAUAUAUAAAUAUAUAUAUGUAUAUAUAUAUUUUUACGUUAAAUUACGUGUACGUAUACAAAGGGAAUCGUUCUUAGCGAGAUUCCGAGGGUCGUGUGUCCCGAUAAGAGCAACGACUUUGGAUCGUGAAAGUACGCGUGUACCUUAUACGCUUUAAAACGUGUCCUUUGCAAGAUAGGUGUUGCGCGAACGAUGUCGUCGAUAACGUUCUCAGCGGACGCCUAAACAUCUGGAAAUUAAACGUGAAAUGCGACUUUUGCGUAGCUAUUACGUAUAUCCAACGUACUUAUAGCGCGGCACGCGCAACAAUACGCAGAACAAAAACAGCGAAAACCAAUUUCGAAAUUACGAUGCCUUCCAAAAUCACCGAUAUUUCAACAAUCGUGCAACGUACGAUCAUUGUUCGUACAGUGCACGGAUAUACAUCACAUUCCAUUAUGCCGUUUCUACGUUAGCUCCUAUUCUCGAACGAUUUAGUUUAUUUUUAUACGGUUCCGUUAUCGUAGGUCUCGCGUUAACUCGUACAAAUGUGUAAUCGACAUUCGGUGUUUAAUUUUACAUUCGACACUAUUUUGAUACCGAUGUCUAUACGCUAAAUUCAUUCCUCGAUCAAACAGUUGUCCCUGUUUUCCGCCGUGUUGUUAUAUAGUACAUGGAACAUUCAGAACAAAAUCGCGAUCGAUAGUCUGAAAUUGUAUAUAAACUGCCGUCAGCGUGAGUGGACGAUACACCGAUCGUCUCGCGAGGCGACACAUUACAUUCGUUUCUUUUCUUUUUUC